CUGAGGCAUCCUAGGCCGGAUUCGGCCUUUACCAUCGGAUUCAUCGAUAUUCUUCUUCCCUCGUAAUCACCAUUGCUUGUUUUGAUAUAUAAGCUCUCCCCCCAUUUCCUCCAUUACCACACUCCUUUUCCUUGCCCUUUCAAAUCAAAUUUCCACCCACUUCCCCUCCAUCAAUUCUCUUACCUGGGUUCUCAUUCUCGUUCCUUGAACCUCCUGAAAGUUGCCAUCUUUUCUUCUUUCGCCCCCAUGGACCUGGACAGUAACUACUUCCCUGCCUUCAACCGAACCAGAAGCGGCUACGAGCCCUCCGAUGCAGAGACCGAUUGGAGGGAGAGCCCCAUCCAAAUCCGCAGCAAUGGAGGAGGAGGCAGAGCAACGAGCUUCGAUUCAGACACAGACAUGGAAUUACCUCCACAAACCCUCACUACUUCCAACAGACAACAGCAACAACAAGCAAGGAAGUUCAAUGACGACGACGACUACAACAACAACAACAACCUUGAUCAUGAUCACAAUUCUUCAUCUUCCUCCUCUUCCGCUGAUGGAACCAAUUCCAUCGCCAGCUCCACUCGCCGCAAGACCAAGAACCAGCGCCCCAGGUCCACCAGCGCCACCAGGACCAGGGCUAACAUCAAGGACCAGGACAAUGGCGCCGGAUUAUACGCCUACAAAGACCAGAAGCAGCUGAAGAAGAAUCACCCUCCACCACUUUACCCUUCCAGGGCAACUUCAGUUGGGGAGCUGAACGAGAUGAUCGGUACAAUGAAGCUCUCCAGAGCCGUCCCUGGUGGAGGGAAAGGAAACCCUAUGUGUGAGAGCACAGAUUCACUCUCCCCAGGUGACAUCUUUUUCUCCAGAGACGUGACUUCUGCACUGCCACCACACCUCCAGAAGAAUGGAAGGUUCCAGCAGCCGGAUUUUGCAGUUCACAAUAACAACAACAACAAGCAAGAGACCACAGGGAGCGAGGAUGUGAACAUGAAUGAUCACAAGGCGUCCACAAGGUCUUCUUCUUCUAGCUCAGGAUCGCGUACCACUGCAACAAGCACCAACUCCACGCCGGGCUACUUCCACAGCAGCGGGAAGAUGAGCAGUGACACGAGUAGCAAGGUGAGCGAUAUGAGCGGGAGGACGACGGAGAGCGUGAAAGCAUUUGUGGCCAACAGGAAGAAAUCGCAGUCUUCGGAUUCCAAUUGGCUGUCCUGUAUCAAAGGAAGGAGCUGCAGGACGAAUCAGAAGUCCCCCGAGAAGGAAAAGGUGGAUGAAUCUACCUAUAUUGCGAGGGCGAAUGUUGUUGAGAGCUUGAGUCAGUUCUGGGCUGAUAAGUACCAGCCCUCGUCGUUGAAAGCAUUCAGUUACCAUAAACAGGAGGCUCAGCUUCUGAGGAAACUUGUGUCUCAAGACAGUAUCCCUCACAUCCUGUUCAAAGGGCCAUCCAUCUCUGGGAAGAAAGGUUUGAUGAUGGCGCUUCUUGGUGACAUAUUCGGGGAUGCUUGCUCGCAGAUGUCCCAUGACUUGAGAUUCUUCCAAGCACAGGAGAAAAAGGGAGCCCAGGUGGUGGUUCCAAUAACAUCAAGCGCUCAUCAUGUGGAGCUGAACGUGAAAUCAGAACCAAACGCCAUGAGUGCGCUGAUGGGUUUGGUGAAGGAGAUCAGCAACGCUUAUUCACUAACACCAGAAGUCAGCACCAUAAAUUUCAGACCAGACUAUAAAGUGAUAGUUCUCUACGAGGCUGACAGAGCGCCAGAGAACAUCCAGCAUCUGAUCAAAUGGAUUAUGGACUGUUACACGGAUUGUUGCAAGCUCAUUCUCUGCUGCGAUGAUGAUGCGGAGAUGCUCGAAUCGGUGAGAAAUCGGUGCAAAGUUGUGAAUGUCGAUGCUCCUGCAACACAUGAAAUCAUGGAAUUUCUUGUUCAGAUAUCAAAGAAAGAAGGGUUUGAUCUACCCAUGAACUUUGCUGCCAAGAUUGCUACGAAAGCAAAGGACUUGAGAAGGGCAAUCAUGGCACUGGAAGCUUGCAAAGCACACAACUACCCUUUCGCUAACGAUCAACCCAUCCCAAUAUUCUGGGAAGAGGUGCUGGUAGAAAUCGCCACUGAAAUCAUGGCUGAUCCAUCUCCUAAGAGGCUUUUUCUGGUGAGGGGGAAGUUACAGAAGUUACUAGUUGAUUUCGUCAAUCCCCAACUAAUUCUUCAGAAACUUGUGGAGCAAUUCCUGAAGGAGAUGCCGUCAAGCUCGAAAAGAGAGCUUUACUAUUGGCAUGGCUACUACGUAAGUUUCUUCAGAAAAGAGGCUCCCAGCAGGUACAACUGCCUUGCUCAAGCUAGAAGAAUUCGUUGCCAAGUUCAUGGGCAUGUACCGGAAGAGUAUAGGAAAUCGCCAGUUCUAACUCUUGAAGGAGUAAUUUUACCAUUUGGGUUUAGCUAUUUCUUCAAGCUCUCCAUUCAUGGUGAUAAAGAAAUCAUCGCCCGAGAGAAAGAGAGAGAGGUCUCCUGUAAAUUCGACCUAUUUGUUGGACCCGAAGAUCAAACUGCAAUCAAAAGCUGACAGCUUUCAGCUCCCCAAACUAGAUCGUCCCUCUUCUUUCAGAUUUGUUUGCUGUUAAGACAUCCACAGAACUAUCCUUUGUUCAAAAUCAGGCCCCCCAAUUUUUAUAUUCCUUGUAUUUGUAUCGUCCAAUAGGGCUCCUGUGCUCAUUUUGUCAAUAUUAAACUACUCCAAAUAUGCAUCUACGUCUAAAUUAACAGUUCUGUA